AUGAGUCACAUGUCAACUGACAGUGACAAUGGCAGCGUGGCUUUGAAGCAUCAAUCUGAGUCAAAUUCUAUGGAUGAAAGCAGCUCAGGAGGAUCAAUAUCUGGAGGAGACGGAAAUCUGAAGAAGGGGCCCUGGACCUCUGCUGAAGAUGAAAUUUUGUUGGACCAUGUUAAAAAGCACGGUGAAGGGAAUUGGAAUGCUGUUCAAAAACAUACUGGUCUAUUGCGAUGUGGCAAAAGCUGUCGAUUGCGGUGGACAAAUCAUCUGAGACCGAAUUUAAAGAAAGGUCCUUUUUCUGAAGAGGAGGAGCAGCUGAUUGUUGAGCUUCAUUUUAAAAUGGGGAAUAAAUGGGCUAGGAUUGCCACGCAUGUAAGUCAAACUUCCCAUUUCAUAUUUAUUUCAAAACUAAUAUUUGUCAUUUUUCACCAUUAUUUUAUUUUAUGAUGGAAGUGCCUGUCGCAGUGCGAGGAAUGACUAAUCAGUUGGAAAAUCGAAUGCUAUUUAAGAGCGUGAAGAGUUAAUCGAUGAUCUUUAAUAUUUCCUUAAUUGAUCCCACAAUAUUUCGUGAAAAAAUCAUAUAUCUCGCGCUUCUCAGAUGUUGAAAUUUCAAGGCAAUGGUUAUUUUUCCCUUUGUCCUGUCGUCCCCAGGGACAGUAGCGCAUAUUAAUUAGAUUCUAUAUUGAGAGCAUCUUGGCUAUUGGCUGUUUGAAGCUUCACCCACCCCCUGCUAGAUGUGAAUGUGUGGCAUUUGGAGGAGGGAUAAGUAAAGAGAAUAAAACCUGUAUUUUCUAAUUUGGUCUUGACCUUUUCAGGAUCAGAAAUAUUGGUUCUGUAGCUUGAAUCAUCGACGGCUAUUCCAUCAGUCUGUACUCUUGACCUAGUGAUAAUCCUAUCGGUCAGUCUAUCGCAUUCCUUUCACCCUGUUGUCACAAGAUUGAGGCAUUUCGCGUCAUGAUAGGGAUACAUUUUUGCGUCUCUUAUUCCUUGCAACUAAACUCCUCAAAAGGACCAGUUGGGGAAAGAAGGGUAAGCAUAGGGAAAGAAGGACAAUUAAUCUCCUGGGUGGUUGCAUUUUUGGCCUCCAACAUGCAAGCAUAGAGUGUCACUAGUAAUUGAGCGUGUGAUUACAUUUCUAGAUGUGAAUUUGUGCAUUAUGCAAUUAUCAUUACCACAGAUUACUUGGUUCUCUAAGUUAUGUUGAAAUCUCAUUGUUAUUGAUGUUGAAAUCAUAGAUAAAGGAGGUUCAUGGAUUUGAAAUCAUGUUGGAAUUUUAUUGAUCUUUAUUUUAACAAGCGUUGUAUGAUUUAGCAUAGUUUCAAAGGCAUUCUGAUCUUUAUGUUUCAAAAUGAUUUUCAGCAUUAAAUUCUGCGGUCUCAUCAGAUUUCUGCUCGUACGAAUAUGCUGUAUUUUUUUAUUUUUUUUAUUUUUUUGUUAUUCACGAAUCUAUUUUAUCAGCAUUAUCUUCCCGCUGAAUUCGGGUUUCUAUUCGUGGUAUUGUGCAAUUUUCUGAGUCGCAUGCUCAUACUCUCCAGCUUCCCGGGAGAACUGACAACGAGAUCAAGAACUUUUGGAACACCCGGUUAAAGAGGCGCCAACGGGCCGGCUUGCCUAUUUACCCUCCCAACCUUACUCAAACCAGGCAGGGAAAUAUGCAGACCAAUGAGCUCUCGCAACAGCGAAGUCAGGGUUUCGGUGAUUCUAUAUUUGAGAGGUUUAAAGUCAACUCGGAGUCUGUGCCAUUUACAUCCCAAGUUCUUGAUAGUUCCUUCGGUAAUAUGCUUAAUAACCAAGGGUUGGGAUAUCAUACCAGCGGCUUCACAACCCAAGCAGGGGAUCUUCUCAAGUAUCUUCCAGGGUCAGAGACGGUCCUUCCCUUCGUUGACGCCAAUGCCACCUACGGGACGCCCACAUAUGAGCAGUUUUCUUUACAAGAAAGAAUGUAUCGGCCUCUGAGCAGGGACUUUCCUCAUGAUCCUGAUCCUGGCCGAGGAAAGUCUGUGGCCCUAGCUGACGUGGAGCCCGGUUUAUCCGGCGUCUACCCAGUUGUCAACUUCUCUGCUUCCCAGACACAGAAUGUGGCUGAGAAGUCGGAGCUCCCUUCACUCCAAUAUUCGGAACCUCUGCUCGGCAGUUGGCCCAGGUCUUCUUCAGCUUCUCUUGAGGUGCCAGAUGACUAUGUGGACUCUCCCGAGAUGGUAUCAACCCGAAACAACGGUCUUUUAGAAGAUCUGCUUCUCCAGGCAGAAUUGACCUCUGGAAGAAAUAGAGCAGCGGAGAUGAUCCCAUAUAAUUCGACCACAUCGCUCGUUGAUCCGGUCAACGCUUGCAGGACCAACUUGGGGGGGCGCUCUGCUGACCCAAUUUCUUCGUUUGACUCCUCGGCUGCUUCUCUUAUGUCUCCACUCCUCCCCUCUACCAGCGAGAGCCCGUUGGAUGGUGAGGAGUCUUCUUCCAUUUUAUUUUUUUUCUCUCUGUUUCUCCUCUGA